GACCUCCUGCUGCAGAGAGAGGAGCCGGGGCUGAGGAGCAGCAUCCUCACUCGGACCGAACCGAGUAGAUGAGGCGGAGUGUCAGCUGAGACUGCUGGGAUGAAUGAAACAAAGACGGGGGACACUUUAACAGAGAAACCUUCAACCUGGUGAGACGGGGUUUCGUGAAGCCGGUAACUUUGAGGCUCAGUCGACGACAGAAAACUCCCUAAAGGUGUCUGAAGAGGGGAGUUACACACAGACGGACUCUAAGUGUGCGCUUAAUGGUUCCAACAGUUCACUUCUGAGCUGUGCUGACUGAAAACAACAGUUCCUCCUACAAGGGAUUCUUCCUUUGCCUCCUUAAAUGUGAAAGUAGAUGGGAGAAUUGCAUUGUUGAAUGUGUGUAAGCUGGAAGUUACAUGGACCCCAGAGCUGGAUUGCCUGCAGCAGCAGUGGAUAUGAAGAUGUGCACUUAAGGUAGGCUUCAUCUGUACCCUGUUUUUAAGAUGAGCCAAGGACCAAACCUUGUCCUGGAGUGGCUUUCUAAGCUCAAUCUGUCCCAGUAUGUGGAGUCCUUCAUUGACAAUGGCUAUGAUGAUUUGGAAGUGUGCAAACAGAUAGGACAGCCAGACCUGGAUGCCAUAGGUGUCCACAUCGAGUACCACAGACACAGGUUGCUCGCAGCCGUAGAGAACCUAAAGGAGGAGGACAGAAGGAAAGCACCAAGCUUCUAUUUUACCUUAGAGCCUCUGGGGACUUCAACCUGCAACCACUCCUCCUCACACCCUGACAGAGAGGAUGACUUCAGGACUUUGGGGUCACACUCACACACAUCAGGAAAACACCAGGCCUCCUGUCCUGGAAACCAUAACCUGAGAUUCACUGAUUGUAAUGACUUUGUGACUUAUCCCAAACUGAAGCUCAAGGUGCUGAUACGGGAUAAACUGGCAAAGGAUGGAAUCAACCUGGGAGAGGCACCUUACACCCACAAGGAUGGCUCCGUGGGGAACCUUGAUGACCUGGUGCAGGAGUAUUCACAGUAUUACGGCACCUCCCUGAGCGACGUGUGUGAAAGGAUGGAGGAGCUACGGAAGCGCAAAGUAGAUGCAGAGAUGGGAAAGGUUGACUCAGUGGCCACAUCACUGCAGCUCCGCUCUCAGCUCCAGGAAUCCCUUGGACUCAGCAGUACCACCUCAACUCCAGAGACAGAGAGAAGGUUUCCUGUGCACAAAUCCAGCUCUGAUGAUGGAUCAGGAGGAAAAUGGGACGGAAAGAGAAAGAACAAGUCUUUUUGGAACAGUUUUCGAAAGUCACAGAAAGGAGUGAUGCGGCAGAUUUCAAAAGGUGAUGAUGUUGGUUUUGUGGCCAGUGAAAUCACCAUGAGUGAUGAAGAGCGCAUACAGCUGAUGAUGAUGGUGAAGGAGAACAUGAUCUCUAUAGAGGAAGCUCUGGCGCGGUUGAAGGAGUUUGAGGUACAAAACAGACAGACGUGCAGGUCUGACCCCACAGAGUGGACCGAUCCCUCCAGCCCCAACACAAACGAGUCGCUCAACUGCACCCCCUGUGACCUGUCAGACAACGAGCAAGAGGAGUCUGUUACAUUCAGGAGACUCCACAAACUGGUCAACUCCACCCGUAAGGUGAAGAAGAAGCUGAUCAGGAUCGAUGAGUCCAAGAAGCCCGGAGCAGACGAGAGCGUAAACACAGACAGUCUUCCCUACGGAGAUGCUGCUGCCUCCCUGUACUCGGGUGUGCAGAAGAGGCCUGCUGUGUGCCCCGUGGAUGCCCUGGCUUCAGCUCUGCAGGAGCACCUGGCCUAUGACAGAGACUCUGACAGCCUGACCACCUCCCCCUCCUCCAGCAGCCUGGACACCUGCAGCAGCCAGAAGAUGUUCCAGGCCUUCAGAGAGUCCGGCGGGGGGAGCCCUGUUCGCCAGGAGACGAAUGUAACAGGAGAGGUGGGGGAGGCAGGCGAGGGCAGCAGAUCCUCCUUCUCUGAAACGGACGCUUGUAAUGACGAGGAGCACAAAAUCGCUCGCUCGCUCACUGACGGAGAGCUGCGUCACCGGAUCCUCAGCCCAGUCAGCAACCACGGGAGAGCUUGUAGCUUUGGAGGAUUUGACCUGACCAGCCGCUCAGUGCAUGCAGUCAGCAUCGAUCUUGAAAACACUAAUAAAGAUGGAGACGCUGGCAGAGAUCCUGUGAAGUCUCCGGCGACAUCUCGCAUUUCCCUCGGUAAAAAAGUGAAGUCUGUGAGAGAAACGAUGAGAAAACACAUCUCCAAGAGAUACCACAGCUCGCUCUCUGAGCAGUCGAGCCCAGACCGCAUCUCCAGCUGCCCUCACUCCCCUCACACAGACUCUGACUCUUUGGAGAAACCCAAACUGAAGCUGGGAGGAUCCGUAGAGAGCCUGAGGAGUUCCCUCAGUGGACAAAGCUCCAUGAGUGGUCAGACUGUGGGCACCACUGACUCCUCCAACAGCAACAGAGAGAGCGUGAAGUCAGAGGACGGGGAGGAGGACGAGCUGCCUUACCGUGGACCCUUCUGUGGACGAGCUCUCGUUCACACUGACUUCACCCCGAGCCCUUACGACACUGACUCCCUCAAACUGAAGAGUGGAGACGUCAUAGACGUUAUUAGUAAGCCUCCAAUGGGUACGUGGAUGGGAAUGCUCAACGGGAAAGUCGGCACCUUCAAGUUUAUAUAUGUGGACGUCCUGAACAAAGAAGAGGUGAAGCCCAAGAAGACGCGCAGAAGGAGGAAGGCCCGACAACCCAAACCCACGUCUGUAGAGGAGCUCCUGGAUCGCAUCAACCUCAAAGAACACCUUCCCACCUUCCUCUUUAACGGUUAUGAGGAUCUGGACACUUUCAAGCUGCUGGAGGAGGAGGACCUGGAUGAACUGAGCAUCAGAGACCCUCAGCACAGAGCGGUGCUGCUCACCGCCGUGGAGCUGCUGCAGGAGUAUGACGGAAGCAGCGACCCCGAGCGUGGCAGUCAGUCCGGAGGCUCCCAGGAGAAGCUGCUCCUGGAGCGGCGCGGCCUGGUGGGAGACUCCCCGCGGGACUCCGGCUGCUACGAGAGCAACGAAAACCUGGAGAACGGAAGGGACAAAAAGACAUCUUCCUCCAUGAGCAGGUCCUCCUCUGGUUUUGAGUCAAGUCACCUCCUCACCCAAAAGAGCCCAGCCCUCCCUCAUCCCUUGACCUCCACUUGUUCCAGUAAGACUUCACUCCAAAGUAAACCAUCAUGCCUCCCCUUUAUCUCAUCACAACUAAGACCCCCUGAGAAGAGCGUAAAUCCUCUAAGCCCGCCAAAAGGUCAGCCUCACAGCAGAGCUGUUGGCAGGAGCCAGAGCUGCUUGGAUCUCAGAAGAAUCUCAGCACCAGAGCUUCUAAGGCGAAGUUUGUCCCUGACCACCCACCCCAGACACUGGACUGUGACCCUCUGCACCAGCAAGAUUACACAGCUCACAAUAAAUCCUCCAAAACAGAGUGAGGUCAUGUCUUCCAGCACAUCUUUUAACGCCGAGUCCACCUUUUUCAACACAGACGCUGCAGAAGUGUUUGCACCAAAACAAGCAGAAUCAACACAGAGCACACACCUCCAGCUGCCGCCCACAGACCCAGAAGGAAGGUUGGAUCAUGUUUUAACUGCAGCUUCCACAACAAACCCACUCACAGAGAUCCUGACAACACAGACUGUCAGCAUGAACAACUUCACAAACCACAUCUCUUCAGAGGACAAGAGGAGUUUCUCAAUAUCUGCCAGUUCUGCAGCCCGCAGACUGAAAACACAGAGAAACAAGAAGACGUCCUUACGCUCAGUGAAUCUGGCUGUCCAGAUAGAGGAGGGACUCUAGCUGCAGGGUAUGAAAAGGUAUUGCCUCCAGAAAUACAACAAACUGUCUCUUUUGAGGUGAUAAAAGUAGCUGUUGGAUGAUAAAGAUCUUAGAACCAUUUUUUGGAACAUUUUUCCCC